AUGAAUGCUACAACAUCGCAGCAAGAAAAUGUUCUUAAGAGGAAGUCAGAUGAUGUAGGAUGGGAGUAUGGGAGUCUAAUUGAUCCUUCCAAUCUGGAUAAAGUGAAAUGUAUGUUUUGCAACCAUGUGAGCACUGGAGGUAUUUAUCGUUUGAAGCAGCAUGUGGGUCAUGUUAGUAAUGCUGUGGCAAAAUGCAAGAAAAGCUCACAGGAAGCUAAAGACAAGUGCAAGAAAUCUCUCGAGGAGGCAUCUAAGAAGAGAAUGGAAAAGACUAUACGUGAGCUAGAGCUUAGAGAUAGUUUGAAUAUUUCUGGUGUUGGGGAUGAAGAAGUUAGUAUUGUUGGAAGAUCGGAACCACACAAGUUAGGUCCGCUUGACAAGUGGACAUGUCCAAUUGAUCCUAAAUUAAGUCAAGCUGAACCCCUGCAUCAACAGAAGAUAAACAAGGAACUUUGGAAAAAGAAAACUCAUCAGGUGCAACAAUAUGUGGCUAGAUGGAUGUACAAUCAUGCUAUACCAUUCAAUGCUUGUGAUAACGAUGAUUUCAAGUUAAUGUGUGAGGCCAUUGCGAGAUUUGGCCCCGGAUUUGAGCCACCUUCUAAACAUGACCUUAGGGAGACUUUGCUUACUGAGGAGCAUGCAAGGGUGAAGAGUUUACUGCAGGAACGUGAUGCUGAAAAGUUGAAGAAUGGCUGCUCCAUAAUGACUGAUGCUUGGUCAAAGGAGAUGUCGGCUGUAUCCCACACAAGUGAAGUAAUAUUUCAACUAGUGGAUGAAGGAAUUGAGGAAAUAGGCCCGGAACAUGUGGUGCAAGUAGUGACUGACAAUGCCUCGAACAAUAUGGGAGCAAAGAAGAUAUUGUUGGAGAAGAGGCCAAACAUGUUUUGGAGCUCUUGUGCCACACACACCAUCAACUUGAUGCUGCAAGGAAUUGGAAACCUUCCCAGGUUCAUGAAAGUAAUUGACAAAGCAAAAGCAUUCACUAUCUUUGUAUAUGGGCACACACGGACCUUGGACUGCAUGCGCCACUUCUCUUCAGGGAAAGAGAUCAUAAGGCCAGGGGUCACUAGAUUUUCUUCUGCUUAUCUAACAUUGGAAAUCCUUCUAGACAAGAAGGAUCAACUAAGGAAGAUGCUUUCCUUGAAUGUUUUUGAGCCUUUGGUGAAAGUCCUUCGUAUGGUUGAUGGGGAUGUCAAGCCAUAUAUGGGUUUUGUUUAUGGAGAAAUAGUUAAGGCAAAGAAAGAGAUCAAGGAAGUGUAUGGCAAUGUGGCAUCCCGUUACAAAGAUGUGAUUGAAGUUGUUGAGAAACAUAUGAAAGAUGGACUUGAUUCUACAUUGCACUUGGCUGCAUACUUGCUGAAUCCUUAUUAUAGUUAUGAUGAUACUAACAUAUUUGAUGAUGGCACAAUAACUGAAGGGUUCAUCAGCUGCGUGGAGACCUUUUAUCACGGUGAUGAUUCCAAGCAAGAUUAA